AUGGCUUCAGUCAACAAUGGGAAACCUAAAGAAGAAAUUGAGGAAUGUAAUGGUGCUAAAGCCCAGGGUCAAACUCCUCUUCAGAUUUCAGCAUCUAGAAGGACACUAUUAAGCAAUGAAAACCCACGGGGGAUUUCCCAAGACAGCCUAAUUUCCCCUCCCAAUAGAAUGAGCUUUCUUAAAUUUGGUUCUGCAUCUGCCAAAUUUUGGCAGUUAGCUCGGGAGAGAGACGAGUUUUCACGUUCAGUGACUUCUUCAAGUAGCCAUGGUUUUCGAGAACGCAUCAAUGGGGUUUUAGCACGGAAGAUUGAUUGGGCUUUGCUCAUGAAAAUGGGUAAGGAAUGGAUCCGGAACCCAAUGAACAUGGCCCUUUUUGUGUGGAUCCUGUGUGUUGCUAUCUCAGGUGCAAUUUUGUUCCUAGUCAUGACUGGGAUGUUGGACCAUGCGCUACCUAAGAAGUCUGAGAGAGAUGUAUGGUUUGAAGUCAAUAAUCAAAUUCUCAAUGCACUAUUUACUCUCAUGUGUCUGUACCAACACCCAAAGCGAUUUUAUCACCUCGUGCUUCUCUGUAGAUGGAAUCGAAAAGACAUUUCUAGACUCAGAAAGAUUUACUGUAAGAAUGGGACUUAUAAGCCCCAUGAGUGGGCACAUAUAAUGGUGGUGGUGGCUCUACUCCAUCUUAACUGUUUUGCUCAAUAUGCACUUUGUGGUCUAAACAUAGGAUAUAGGAGAUCAGAGAGACCAGCCAUAGGAGUUGGAAUAUGCAUUUCUGUUGCAAUAGGUGCACCUGCAAUUGCUGGUGUAUACUCCAUUAUUAGUCCCCUUGGGAAGGAUUAUGAAUCUGAAAUAGAUGAAGAAGCACAGAUGCAGAUUAUCCCUGGUGAAAGGCCAGAGAAGUUGAGGUCAAAAUCAUUAGAAAAGAGAUAUUCAUUUGCAGCCAGAGAUGAAGAAAGAAUUGUUGAGAAUAUAGCAGUGUCGAAUGAACAAAGAAUUGAGACUAGACCACAGUGGAGUGGAGGGAUACAUGAUUUUUGGGAUGACAUUUCUAUAGCAUACCUAUCGCUUUUCUGCUCUUUUUGUGUCUUUGGGUGGAACAUGGAGAGACUUGGAUUUGGGAACAUGUAUGUUCACAUUUUAACUUUUCUCCUCUUUUGCUUGGCUCCUUUUUGGAUUUUCAACUUGGCUGCUGUUAACAUCGAUAACGAGACUGUCAGAGAAGCGUUAGGUAUUACUGGAAUUAUUCUUUGUGCAUUUGGAAUGCUGUACGGUGGCUUUUGGAGGAUUCAAAUGAGAAAGAGAUUCAAUUUGCCAGCUUACACAUUUUGUUUUGGUGAACCAGCAGUUUCUGAUUGCACUCUGUGGCUAUGUUGUUGCUGGUGCUCUCUUGCUCAGGAAGUCCGAACUGGGAAUUCUUAUGAUAUUGUGGAAGAUAAGUUCUGUCACAAGCAAGUGGGCAGUAGUGACCAGAUGCCACUUUCACCUUUUCCCUGCAAAGAUGGUUCAAACCCAAGUUCUCCACUUGACAACAACUCUAGCCCAUCCAAUGUAAUGAUAUCUAAUUCUCCAAGUCCGAGCACAGUUUCAAAGGGGCAUAACACUCCUGGUAGGCAGCUUUCUAUGGUGAAAGAAGAGUCUUCUAAAGGAGGUAAGGAUGAAACUAUGAUUCCACCUGCUCCAUCAUUGAUAGAAAGAGAAGCCAAUUUAGCUGGAAAACAGCAUAUAUAG